AUGACAACCGACUUGAACUAUGUUCCGUCUUCAGUUAUUCUGCAGAGAGCCCCGCCUCCACACCUUGAGCUUGUCAAGUAUUACUUCAGACCACAGGUUGAAGAGCUUGAACAAAGAUUCCACAAUGUGGAGGCACUAGGAGCUGCCACACUCGGAGAAUGGAGAAAGGGUCUCGAGACUUCCGGACGAGAGAGGAACGCCGACGCAACUCGGUUCGAGCAAUGGGAGCUUAAUGGAGGCUUCUCCAGGAUCUCCAUACCUCCAGGCCACAAUGAUACAGCCAUGCGUACUAAUCCAGGGACUCUGUCAAAUCAUGACCACCGCUUGGCAAAGAUGGAUCGCAUGCAGCAGAUCCGACUGCGUUCCGCCGCAGGAACACCGUCCUCAGGAUACGUUGCCUUCGACUCGUCCAUUGCAGGCUCAAUUUCUGGUGAAUCUCAGUACACAGCUGGCAAGCUGUCCACCAAAUCGCGGCCUGACCCAUCCGGAAAUAUUGAAGUUUCUCCUCUCCAGGAUCCUCAAUGCCAAACCGCCUUUCGACCUCCUCGUCAAAGAACCGAACGUAGUCUCAAGGAAGCAAGGGCGGCCAGAGAAGAACGUCGCAAAGAGAUUGAGAGGCGCUGCCUGGCUCUAAGCCCUCCCAUUAUGCCGACUACUUUGACCUACAUGGAUGCUUUCCAAGCUGCUAUUCUAAUAUCCCUACCUCUUGAUGAUAAGGGCUGGGACGUGCUCAGACCACGUCUCUUGACUCAACGCGCGGAUGCAGCACAACGGGAGAUGAGGGCCGCCCUCAGCGGUCCGUCUGUGGAACAAGCCAAGCGCCGACAAGUGGAGGAAGAACAGCGUGUUGCUCAGGAAAACACCACUCACAUGUGGCUUGGGCUAAAAGUCCCAAGCCGCGAGAAGCUUAGGAAAUUUGCUGACGAAUUCGUACACUUGACCUGGUCCGAUGGUCGCGCCGUGACAAAGUCGACGGCAAGUAAGUUCGCAGCGGAGGUUCUCUGCCACAUACGACAACGCUUUGACGAAGCUAUUGCCCAAGAAGACCACAUGCUUUCCCUGAAAGGUACCGCGUUUCCACAAGACCCGGAGUCUUUGGCCUGCAGGAAAUUGAACUUGCUGGAUAUGAAGUGGGCUUUCACGGAAUUUGUGCAACCGCACACCCAACGCUUCGGCAAAGAUCUCUUUCUGUGCCACGUCUGCGACACCAAUCAGAAACUCUUCGCGUUCGAGGCUAUAAUUCAGCACUUCGCUUCAAAACAUACUAACGCAUUCAGCCACGGCAAUAGCAUCGUUUUCUGGGAGGCUGACUGGCCCAUCGAGCCUCCAUUCGACCCGCAUCCGAAUCUUCUCUGGGCCCUCGGAACAACUAGCAGUGCUCCCAAGGGUCAAACGCUUCAACUGUCGCAAUCAGCCUUCUCACAUGGCUUGCCAUCAUCAGGUGAGAAGAAGCUGGGACAUGUGAAUCCAGUUGGACGUAACUUUCCACCUUACACCGUGCCCAACAGCUACCAGACCUUGUCGGGCUAUAAUUCGGCCUAUACUUCGGGCAACGUGGACCACUUCACCACCGGGUUUGGUAAUGGAACUGGGGCAGAGGCUUUUACACGUUCCUCUAUCGCUAGGUCUGAGGCUUCCGGAGUUGCCAUGGAAGAUGAACACGAUCCUCAAUAUCACACCGGACGGGUGCCACAUGGGGCCUCAACAGGGACAAGAUAUCAUCGAGACUCCUUCAAGAGUGGAGCGCUUGGCCAGCGGACAGGACCAUUACCCCCAGCGAGCGAAGGGGUCCGUUGGGAACGUACUCAGGACCUUCGUGGGUCACGUGACAUGGAACCUUGGAAAGAACAGCCGCUUUCCCAGAGCUCCAUGGUUUAUUCAUAUGAUGAUUCCUCGUCCAGAUUUUCAUACGGAGGGCCGUACGCAAGAUUGCACGGACUGAGGUCUGAAACUGGACGAGAAAGUAGAGCUACGAGUCAUGUCUCGGUUCAUAGAGAGAAAGGCUCGGAGGCAGGAGCCUCGGCGCAUCAACGGGAAACCUCGAGACUAGCCGCCGAUCAGAACGCGGCCGAAAGUGCCGUCGAUGAGUUCCUGGGCGGCUUGGACCCCAUGGUCUCUGGAAACAUCUCGAGCACUGCCAGUGCCCGCGUCGGUACCUUGCGCCCACCUGGAUACCAAAUGCGUUCAAGCACGGCCUUGUCAGAUGGAGUCGGUGGGUCACCCCUGCAGCACCAGAGCUGGGAUACAUUCAGCAGCGUUUCUGCGAGCCAUCUUCCUCAUGUCGUGCCUCCAGCGCAUAGGACUUCUUUGCCUAUACGCGAGAUGGAGGCGCCAGCUGGACUGCUCGACACCGCCGCAACCCAACAACAUUACAGCCAUUCACUGCCAUCAGUUCACAGUUACGAGGUGUCGCGAGGUCCUGGUUCUGGUGCUGGUGUCAGAUACAUGGAACAGAGUCCUGAGCGACCAAAUCGGCUUCAAUAUGGACACGAAAGGGAAGAGAUACGUGACAGAGGUGCAGCCUAUGCGGAGCCUCUGUACCAGCACCGUUACGUCUAUGAUCGAGAUGGAAGGAAGUAUGAAGAGAUACGGGAAAUGGCCAUGGAGAGAUACCCAGUCCAACACGAUAGCUUUGCAAGCGGUUUUCACGAGCCAUACGCGCCGGCCGGGAUGCACUAUUUCGAUGAUGGAGGCUACUCUGUCCACCAGGCUGUUGGCCGCCAGGAGUUGGGCAGCGCCAUGCCUAGAGUAUAUCAAGUCAGCGAUAUUGGAUAUCGCCCUGAGGAGGUUAGAAGACCGGCUUUCGACGACCGCUGUCGUGGCGAGGAGCAGUUGGUCCCAGAGCAGCGAACACGGACCCUCAUAUUCGACGAUCGAGAUGUCAUUUACCAACCAAUCGAGCCACCAAUGGCUCGUUCGUUGGGCAGGAGCCGUCCUGAAGACUGA